AUGCCGCAGGUGCUGCCGCAGGUGCUGCCGCAGGUGCUGCCGCAGGUGCUGCCGCAGGUGCCGCAGGUGCCGCAAGUGACCCAAGAGCCGCAACAGCAGGUGGCAGAGGUGGCAGAGGUGGCAGAGGUGGCAGAGGUGGCAGAGGUGGCAAAGGUGACAGAGGUAGCACGGCGUGCUUAUGUGCCGAAACCGCCACGUGAGGGCCCGCCAUGUUUGAUAAACUGCUUGAGGGCGCUCCGCGCAAACCCCGGGGAUGUACAGAUGGCCCUCGCAGCAGCGGAGGAGCCGAAAAAUGAUUUCUUCACCUCUGCCAUCAUCCUCGGCGGCCCAUCUGGUAUGCCGAAAAGACCUCUCCUUUGCGUCGAAGUGACGCAACAAACCAUAGAGUGCGAGGGAAGCACGCCCUGUUGCGGUGUGGCGAUGCUGACGCUCGAGUUCGAGCAGCUGGAGGAGACGCUGGCCAAUUGGCCAGAUCCAAAAGACCAUCCUCAAGAGCUUGAGCAGAUGGAGAAAGAGCAGAAGGAGCUGGUCAAAGCAAAAUACCCGGGUGCACAGGGAGGUGCAAGAGCCAGCAGGGAGUUCGCGGCCCCUCCGGCCUCUGUUCUGGUUUUGCAGCUGAAACCUACGACGCCCAUUGCGGCUUCGAAAUUUGAGGUUCAACUUUACCUCGAGGUGCCAAGGGACGUGGUUUUGCUGCUGGAAACGUUGAUGACUUUCCGAUGUCUUGCAUGCCGCUUCCGUCGCAGCUUUCUCUAUCUCAUCCGGGGUUUGAUCUGCAUCGGGUCGACAGUGGAAGAUGGCGUCUGCAAAUGCAUCUUCCAGCCACCGCUGCUGCAACUUGCUGAAGGGGAAGGGCUCCAGGAGUUGUUGAAGCCCUUCUUCGGCCGCCGGACUCCAGCAGCACCACCGGCACAGUCCGAGUUAGGUUCUACUCUCUUGGAAGAACCUGUGCCAGCAUGUCAGCGUGAGCUGAAACAGGUUGUGGCAUCUGCGACGCCUGCAGAGGCACCAAACCAGGAGCAGAUGCCGCAGCAGAUGCCGCAGGUGCUGCCGCAGGUGCUGCCACAGGUGCUGCCGCAGGUGCCGCAGGUGCCGCAAGUGACCCAAGAGCCGCAACAGCAGGUGGCAGAGGUGGCAGAGGUGGCAGAGGUGGCAGAGGUGACAGAGGUGGCACGGCGUGCUUAUGUGCCGAAACCGCCACGUGAGGGCCCGCCAUGUUUGAUAAACUGCUUGAGGGCGCUCCGCGCCAAUGUCGGGGAUGUACAGAUGGCCCUCGCAGCAGCGGAGGAGCCGAAAAAUGAUUUCUUCAGCUCUGCUAUCAUCCUCGGCGGCCCAUCUGGUAUGGCCACAAGACCUCUACUUUGCGUCGAAGUGACGCAACACGGCAUAGAGUGCGAGGGAAGCACGCCCUUUUGCGGUGUGGCGAUGUUGACAAUCGAGUUCGACCAGCUGGAGGAGACGCUGGCCAAUUGGCCAGAUCCAAAAGACCAUCCUGAAGAGCUGGAUCAGAUGGAGAAAGAGCAGAAGGAGCUGAUGCUCAGCUGCGCUAUGCUGCGAAGAUUGCUGGGGCUGAGAUUCGUAGAGUCACACGCUGGAGCUGAGAUGAUUUGA